ACCUGAAUUAAAAUAAACACAUUUACAAGUUCAUACAAUUUAUAGCAGUGUGAAAAUGCACAUCUCAUAAUCAAUUAUAAUAAAAUAUAAUAAUUAAAAUAUAGAAAUACAAAAUAAAUUCACUCUGAGUCCUUUGUGUCUAAUUUCAGAAAUGCGGCCAAUUUCCAGUAGAUUCCCUUGAGACAAAAUUGUAAAGUCAGAAGACGUGAGUCCUCAGUGAAGCAUAAAUCCUAUAGUCUGUGGCAGGACGCACCUGUCUGUCUCACACGGUUCACUACACUACACCCACCAGGACUGUGCAAAUGAGGCACACAUGACUCUGUCCGAUUUCGGUCCAAGACAGUCUUUACUUUACCUGGUCAGCCAAAACCACACGCGUGGACUAAACUUCACAAAGAACACACUGCAGAAGGGGCUGGCUGGUCAGGAAGUCCCGCCCUAUCGAUCUGUCCUUUCCUUUCGUGGUGAAAACAAAAAACAGCUGUAAAGCUGAAGAUGGCCGCCGCGACGGUAGCGGGGCUCGACCCGCACACGAUGGAGCAGAAGAAGUUUGAGUACUUCUCCUCCAUCAACCCCAUGGCCAAGAAGAUAAUGCAGGAGAGGGAGAAAAUCAAAACCAAACACGGAUCGACUUGGGACAAAAUGACUCCGGAAGAGCAGGACAGCGCUAUAGACAACUGGAUGAUCGACCCGCACAUCCGAGCCAGAUACGCUAUGCACCGGGUGGAGCGGGAGGAGGUGGUGUGUUACCCCAAACUGCUCAUCCAGACGGGCCAGAAGAUAGUCCACUUUGGAGAAGAGGAUAUUACCUGGCAAGAUGAGCAUUCUGCACCUUUCUCAUGGGAAACCAGGAGCCAGUUGGAGUUUAGCUUGACUCCCGGUUCUGCAGAACAGGGGAUUUCUACCUCACAAGCAGAUUCAAAGGCUUCAAAGGGACAGACGACCAAAACAACUACAGUUACUAAGGUGAAUUCUACUGAGAGCAGAAGGCCAGAGGAGGAGUCAUCCUUCUGGAAGAUCAGUGCAGAGAGGUCCAGGUUGGAGGGAGAAAGAGCAAAUUUCCAGUCUCUCACCCCCAGUCAAAUCAAAUCACUUGAGAAAGGAGAGAAACCACUUCCUUCAUAUCUACGACAGGAGACAUCUGUUACAAAGGAGCCUGAGCCAGUGGCAGAGCACCACCCUCCUCCUCCUCCUCCAGCCCCAGUGAAAUCCAUCAAACAGCGAGCCCCUAAACCCCCCGCCCCCCAGCCGCCUGUCGCUGUCACUGCCCCACCCGCGUCCAUCUCCAUCUCCACCAAUCCCGCGCCCCCAGUCAGCAUCUCGUCCACAGUGGCCGGGUGGGAGCGGUCCCAGAGCACGCUGCCUUCAGUCAGCAACUCUUCGGAUGAGGUAUUUUCCUCUAGCCUCCUGUCCAAGUCUCCCUCCAUUGCCGCCAGUGCCGAGAAGGAUAAGCAAGAAGAGCCCAUAGCCGAUGUAGGCAGUCCAACAUUCUCCCAGUUCAACACAAGCAGCUCGAUCCUGAAGACGGGAUUCGACUUCCUUGACAACUGGUAAAAAAUGGCCAAAACCAGUCCCCCUUUCCUUAAGCUAUUAUCCUUGGUUUUACUCUGAAGAAGGAUCACACUGCCAUGACACUACGUUACUCAAACUGUUCCCACCUGUAUCCAAGCAAUAUCGACCUAUUAUGUAACUAUUAUGUAUGUAUUUGUGUAGAAGAAAAACCCUAGUGGCUUGUUUAGACCUGGUGUCUUGAAAUUUGCUCCCAAUACUAUUUUCCUUAUUUAACCAACCUUUGAUAUACAUGUGUUAAACAAAUUGCCUUGAUUCAGGUGAGAUUCUUUGGGAUAUAAACAAAAUUUGCAUCUACUAAGCUUUCUAACUUGAUGUUGCAAGUUACGGUACGUUUUGUAGUAUUUCUAAUUAGUAGUAAAGAGUAAUGAGAAGUGUUAUGUAGCCGCAGCGAUUCUUGCUGUAAUUGAAGCUUUAAUAGAGAAAGCGCAGAUUUGGCAACUUGUAAACACCUAUUUUAUCAACCAUAAGCAGUGUGUGUGAAAAUGUAUUUUGUUUUUACAUUGAGAAUCUAAAUGACUACAUGAAAGUAAUCUCAUCUCUCACUAUAUCUAUAUGGCUAGCUAAUAUGAAUAUAGAAAUCAAGACAAUCCAAUGAACAGGUUAUAGAAGGUUAUAGAAAGUUAAUGGAAGGUGAAGUGGCAUAGACUGGUCUGAGUAUUUCAGAAUUGGCAUUGUGUUUAUUAAGCAUUAUUAUAUCUAACAAAGUGGCUCAGAGGAACAUCAAAUCAACCCUUUUGCUUUCUAUGCCGUUUUGCUUCAUUAUGUUGUAUUCAUGUUUUGUACUGUACUGAGAAAUUACGAUUGUUGCAGGAGGUGACUUGAACGUAACACUUCACAGGCUGACUUAUUUUAUAUACUCUGCAUUGCUUUUUGUUACAAUUUAUUUAACCUUACAUUUAUUUUUGUAACUCUUACUAUAGCUAGAAUCUAUUAUCAUAUACUUUGAGUCAAACGUACUCACUCUGCUACAUUCUUGCUACAAACACUUUUAAAAGGUGAAAGGAAGUAUUAUUACUAUCAUAUCAAUAAGUGAUAUAAGAUCACUUGUAGAUUCCACUGAGUCUAAAGCACCUUGAUAGUGUGUUUGGGGAGUUAUUUGACAUUUCCAUCAUCACAUGCCCCCCUCACCUUUGACCCUCACAUAAGUAUGAUGCAGGUAGCAUACAUUGUGAUUUAGGACCGGCAUGUUGUGACUCGUACCACUCGUGUCAUAGAGAACUAUUUUACUGACUUUUAUAUUUGUCCUCUUACUAUAUCAUAUGCUUUACAUGUAGUACAUGUAGAUGGCACUUGUGGUGUUUUGAGGGUGCAUAAAUAUAAAUAAAAAGUCAAAGUAUA